UGCGGCGGGAACCGGGCACGGAACCGGGCACGGAACCGGGCAGCAGAGCCCCGGGCACGGCCCUUCUCUGCCCUGGCUGCCUGCGGACCCUCGGCUCGGCGGUGUUGCAAGAGGUCUGUCUUAGACCCCUCGACAGGGAACAUCGAGCCACAGACUUCAAGCUCAGGAUUAAAUAACAGUGAAGGGAAAGGAGCCAUGUUCCAGGCCACGGGAGCAGCCAGCCCGCCCCCAGCUCAUGAGGCCAAGAACAGCUCAGGAGGCAGCACGGUGCAGCGCUCCAAGUCCUUCAGCCUGAAGGCGCAGGUGAAGGAAAUCUGCACUGCCUGCCAGAAAACUGUGUAUCCCAUGGAGCGGCUGGUGGCCGACAAAUUCGUCUUCCACAACUCCUGCUUCUGCUGCAAGCACUGCCACACCAAGCUCAGCCUGGGCAGCUAUGCUGCGCUCCACGGGGAAUUCUACUGCAAGCCCCACUUCCAGCAGCUCUUCAAGAGUAAAGGAAACUACGACGAGGGCUUCGGGCGCAAGCAGCACAAGGAGCUGUGGGUGCACAAGGAGGUGGAAAGUGGCACCAAGUCGGCGUGAGAGGGGCCAGCCCCUGCUCCUGGAGCCCAGCAGAGCCGGAGCAGCUGAGCUGGGGCUAACUGAGCUGAUGUAAAGCAGGACCUGUGGGAGGGGAGGGGGGGGGAGCCCCCUCCUUGGAGGGUGCUUAGAGGGGUCCUGCAGGCCACAGGGACAGGGCAGAGGUGACCAGGCUGCAGCCCCCAGACCUGAAGCCCUCUCUCUGCAGGCCCCUCUUCCAGUGAGAUCAGAGCAGAAGCAAUUGCCCCCCUGCCACCAUGGAAAAGGAGAUGAGCUGGGGGCUUACCCAGGUUCAGAGUCACUGCAGAGAUCCCCAGCUCCAGCCCUGCUUUGCUGGGGCUCUGCAUAAGGAGGGUCCUUGGUUUACGUCAGCUCAGUUCAGCUGGGAUGGUUCAGCCUUGAGGAUGUUGCCCUGCCACGGUUUGACAGUGUCUCUUUUUUAUAUUUGCCUUCCACUGGUACGUUCUGCGCUGGAGCCUCACGGCAGCUUCACACACGCUCCUUUAUUUUUGUAAUACAAGGUUUCCGAGCCUUC